CCCAAGCUUUGAUUCUAGGCCUAACAAGCUACUAAAAACUGCUGCUGAAUUAAUGAACUGAAACACUAAGCUAGAACUGCUCCUUAUAUCAUAUUGGAUUCUAGUAAAGAGGUCAAAGAAAAGCUCUAGUCAUGCUAGUUUUGUAUGAUCCCAAGUCAAGAUCAACUGCCAACUUUUGCAAACGUUAUAAAGACUCUUCUAAUAUGUGUCACAUACUGAAUGGUUGAACUAUAAUUUUUAUCGAAAGUUUAUUUAUUUCAUACAGUGAUAUUAUUAUUAUAUUAUGAUAGAUCAUUGGAAGAGUUUACCUUAUCUAUGUUCUAAAAAAAAAAUCUAUGUUCUAAUUUUUGUAUAAAGUUUGUUCUAAAAUUGUCACAAAAAAAAAAAGUUUGUUCUAAAAACUUGUAGUUGCAUUAAAUCAGUAUACAGUAUUAGCUUUGGGUAUCCUUGAAACCAGGAUAACUGAUAUUUUUAUAUUAUAAGAACUACAUUUUCAUAAAGUCAAAGCUAUAUAGAUAUGAAUUUUAAAAACAAAUAGAAAAAUGUAGAAUGAGGGUGUGUUAUUCAAGAGCUAAGUCGGCCGCAACAUAAAUUGAUAACAUUAACAGUACUAAAAGAAUAUCCAACUAAAUGAACUAAUAAUAUAACUCCGCCCUUGAUGUAAAAACCCCAUAAAUUAGUUUUAUUCCUAUAUAAGUCAAUCUACACCGAUUUUUGUUUCUUCUUUGUUUAGGGUCGUCACGUAAUUUAGAAUGAAACAUACUAUUGAAAAAACAACUAAUUUAUCAUAAACCUCAUCUUUAUAUUUAAUAUUUAUUUUUCAAAUACUUCAAUAUAUCCUAGUUAGCUUUAGUCUACAUACAAUUGUAUAUUGGGCAAAAAGGAAAGGAAAUAUAUAUUGGAAGAAAAUCAUACUUUUUUAGCAAAAAAAAAAGAAAAAUCAUACUUGUAUGGUUAAAACAUCUAUCCUUUACCGAGCGAAACAUUAAGUGGUAUUAAGUGGUAACCAUAAUCGAACAUGGCAGCCACUUCUAGUUGACAUCCUCAAACAGCAUUUGUCAUAAUUAAUUAUACGCUAAUAUAAACAUAUAAAUAAUCACCCCCCUUCAAGUCAUAUUUCUUCCAUCAUCCAAAAGAAAAUUGUUGGAGCCACUCCACAAGAAGAAAGAUGGCGAUCACAACCUCAACCCGAGCCAUUGUUUUCGCUAUUGCCAUUCUCUUGGUCGCCAUCCAAACCGUUCACGCAGACUAUUACCGGCCACGACUACCUACACUUAUGAGCCCUCCUCCAUACGGCGCGGAGCCCAAGCCGCUCCCAACUCCCAGCCCCAAACCUAUCCUCUACCAUCCUCCUCCCACCUCCCACUACCAGCCACCCACGGGGUCGUUUGAAGAUCAGUUCCUUGCUCCGCAUAAUUCUGUUCGGACCAGCUUAGGUCUGUCUCCAUUAGUUUGGGACGGCAGGAUCGCGAGCUACGCAACUUGGUGGGCUAACCAGAGGCGGUAUGACUGCUCCCUAACCCACUCAACUGGUCCAUACGGUGAGAACUUGUUUUGGGGAAGUGGCUCAGACUGGACACCAACUUUCGCAGUGGAGUCAUGGACCGUGGAGGCCAAGUCCUACAACCACAUGACCAACUCGUGUGAAGGCGGUAUGUGCGGUCACUACACUCAGAUCGUAUGGCGUGACACCAAACGGAUAGGUUGCGCUCGCGUUGUCUGCGAGAACGGUGCAGGAGUUUUCAUCACUUGCAACUACGACCCACCGGGUAACUACGUUGGAGAGAAUCCUUACUAACUUUGUCUAACACUUGGUUUUGUAAUUAAGUCGUUGGUGAAUUCUUAAUCUAUGUGUUUUAAUCUUCGUGGCUUUUAUAUUUCCUUGUGACUUGUGAGCUAAGUAUUGCAUGGGUUUUAUGUUGGUGGUGUUACGAGCAGUUUGUUGUUUGUAUUGUACUUUUCAUUUUUGUAAUGGCUAUGUCAACAAAUGAAAAAAAAAAUUAACGGUGCACAGAGACACAGGGACAUUCCAUAGUUCCAUACUUCCAUUAAAUUUCCUAGAUCAUAUACUACUAAAUACAAGUUAUUGGCCUAUGUAAAUCAUCCCAAUAUAGAACGUGUCACUCAUUCUCGGAUAAAUUGUCUGUAGCUAGGGUAAUAAACCAAACGAAGAUAACUAACUAUGUUAUUGAAAGAUUUGAUUAUUUAUUGAUUUCAAAUAAAGAGUACUUGUGUUUAUUAUAUUAGCUACUAGGUGUUUUAUCAGCACAUGAUAAUUUUCUUAUGAAUACUUAUCACUUUAUUUUUUUAUUAGUUCAAAAAUUCGUAUAAUAAAUUAUAAUUGUAUUCUCAAAAUAUUUAAAUCAAACAACAAAUUAUUUAUAUAUGACAAAGUUAUUCAUCAAAAAAUAUAUAUAUAUCCUUAUUAUUGUUCUGAACUAUUAUAAAUAUCACAUUUUAUAAAUAUUUUAGAAAAUAUAUUUAUACAAAAAAAUUUUGAUUGAUUAGUAUUUAAUUAUAAAUUAUUUUAUAUUUUAAUUUUUUAUCUUUAUAAUAGAAAAUAUUAAUUCCAUGUAAUAACACAAUAUAUAUAAAAAAUACCUUGUUUUAAAUACGUUUUCUUUUUGAAAAUUUAUUAUAUUAAUUUACAAUCAAUUUUCUAAUAUAUUAUAUAAAUCUAAUAAUAAUAUGUAAAUUUUAUUUUUAAUUAUAUAGCAAAUUAUAUAUUUUCAGUGAGGAUAUUAUUGACUUUAACCGCUAUGACUUUUAACGUAAGAGUUCAUAAACCAAAAAUCACUUCUCAAAUAAUAUGAUAAAUAGAUAUGCUUGAUAAAUGAACCAAAAGAAUAGUCCAGUUUGUGUUGCAUGAAGCUUUUAUAAGAGAUAUACUUAAUUAUAGAUAUACUGUAUAUGGAUUUUAAACACAAACAUUUGUUUGCGUUCGGAAUUUAAAAAGAAAAACAUAUUAUCUUUUAUAAUUGGACGGAUAUAUAUAGAUGAAUAACCGUAAUGCAAUUACAACCAUCAAGUGAAAUAAUCACGUAUAAA